UGAGGAAAGUACAGGACUAGUUUGCAGCAGAAGCAAACACAAGAGCCAUUCGUUCACUAGCUCAUUGGACAAAAACAACAGCAAGAUGAACGGGUUUGAGGGAGACAACUACUACAUCCCCAUGUCCAAUCGGACUGGGCUGGUGAGGAGUCCUUUUGAAUACGAACAGUACUACCUGGGGGAUCCCUGGCAGUACAAGCUCCUGGCUUGCUACAUGUUCUUCCUUAUCUGCACUGGCUUUCCUAUCAAUGGCAUGACACUUUUUGUCACAGCUAUGAACAAGAAACUCCGGCAACCUCUAAACUAUAUUCUGGUAAACCUCGCUGCUGCUGGUAUGAUCAUGGUAUGCUUCGGUUUCACUAUCACCAUCACUUCAGCUGUCAAUGGUUACUUCUUCUUUGGCCCCACUGGCUGUGCUGUCGAGGGCUUCAUGGCAACACUAGGAGGUGAAGUAGCUCUGUGGUCACUGGUGGUUCUUGCUGUCGAGAGAUACAUUGUGGUGUGCAAGCCAAUGGGAAGUUUCAAAUUCUCUGCCACUCAUGCCUCGGCUGGAAUCGCUUUCACCUGGGUCAUGGCGAUGGCCUGUGCCGCCCCCCCACUGGUUGGCUGGUCAAGGUACAUCCCUGAGGGCCUGCAGUGCUCCUGUGGACCAGACUACUACACCCUGAGCCCCAAGUUCAACAACGAGUCAUACGUCAUCUACAUGUUCGUGGUCCACUUCUUCCUCCCCGUCGUGAUCAUCUUCUUCACAUAUGGCAGUCUAGUGUUGACAGUCAAGGCGGCGGCUGCAGCCCAGCAGGAAUCAGCUUCUACCCAGAAGGCCGAGAGGGAGGUAACCCGUAUGUGCGUCCUGAUGGUGAUCGGUUUCCUGGUGGCUUGGACGCCCUAUGCCUCCAUGGCAGCCUAUAUCUUCUUCAAUAAGGGUGUUGCUUUCACUGCCCAGUCCAUGGCUAUCCCUGCAUUCUUCUCCAAGAGCUCAGCACUAUUCAACCCAGUGAUCUACGUACUUUUGAACAAGCAGUUCCGUAACUGCAUGCUCUCUACAAUCUUUGGCAAAGCAAUGGAGGAUGAGACCUCCGUCUCUGCCAGCAAGACAGAAGUAUCCAGCGUGGGCCCCGCUUAAAUCCUCUCGCUCUUCUUACCUCUUCCUCCGUCUUUGUCUUUGCAUGGGUGAUUCAGUGGACACUGUCCAUUUAAUGUCUUCCUGUGCAACUCUGUUCUUUUAUUCCAUUUCUGUGUCUGAGUUUCCUGUGGCCAGAGUAUCAGUCCUGUGUCUUUGAGGUCAUCUGAUCUUUCAUGUUUGUCUCUCUGCACAGAGAUGUGGCUGUUUUGAUCAACCAGGCAAAGAUUUGGUUAUUGAGACGCUUGUAAAUAUUUUGUAUAUAAGCCUGCAUUUCAGAAAAGAAAAAAAAAAAAAAAACAACAACUAGUACAUAUGAUUAAUAAAAAAUGCAUUUCAA